GCACAUUAUUGGAACGAUAGGAUGGUAAACAGCUGAGUUGUACGAUGUCUGUGAAAUGGGUUGGCUGCCUGCUCACGUUGCUCCUGAUUUUGACGGGAUUGGAUAGCGCACGGGCCGAAAUAUCAAAUUUGCGGAGAUGUGCGGAUCCGAAGUGCAAAGAGCCCAUUUCAAAGGGCCGUACCAUGAUAGGCUACCCAAGCAAUGAUGAGCAGAUAUUAUCGUUCCCAAUUAAUGCUGAGGUCACUAUAUACAGCAAGGAAGCUGGCAGUAGACUAGACCUUUGGGGUGUUGAGAUUAAAGGCAAAAGAGGAUAUGUACCCAAGCAGUAUAUCAGAGAGCAUAAGGUAUUUGUAUCAAAAUUAGAAUUUGAGGUGCCCACUGAAGGUGCAAGCGACAACGAGGAUUCUGCUGCAGACGAGACUGAAAGUAAUGUAAAGCCAGAAUUGACAGAGAUUCUUGCAGAUGAGAUUGCGCUUAGUGCCGAAGAUGUAGAAUAUAAACGAUUACAGGAAGCUGCCUUGGAGAAGGAAGAAAUCGAUCGACUUGAAGACGAUGAACAAGUUUCCAGUGUGAGUGAUGGUGAAAAUGAAAAUGGUGACCAAGGAAACUUGGAAACAGAGAAACCCUUGCAUGAUAAGUCAGCAGAAAUUGAUGAUAACGAAGAAGAAGAUGAAGGUAAUGAUGGUGGUGAUGAGGAAGAGGAGAAAGAUCCAGACGAGAAGGAGAAUCACAGUGAUUCCACUGACAAUGAGAAACUUGAAAAUAAUGAUGAGAAAUCAAAAGGCACAGGAAGUGAGACAUUGUCUUCUGAUGAAAGUGAGGGUGAUAACCUUGAACCUCAACCCUCAGUUGUACAAGAAGGUGAAGUGGAUGAAGAUACCAAAGGUGAACACACACACACUGAUCAUGAUGCAAGUUCUAAACCUGAGAUCCAGUUUCCACAACUGAUGUGCCUGUGGAUGAAGAAGUUUUGCCCAUCGAUUAUGAAGUUAUAGAUGGUACUACAAUAUAUUUUGAUGAUACAACACCAUUGCCACCAACAGCUGAGGUUGUGAGUCCUGUAAACCUCAUGUCUUCAUCUGUAAUGGAUGAAGAGUAUGUAACUGCACACCCAUCAUUAAAGCUGUCACAAGAAGCUCAUGUUGAAAGUUCAGAAGGUGAAAUUGUAGACAUUUCAGUAACAUCAAUUUUAAGUCUUGAAAUGAGCACUGCAACACUCAUUGAAAGUGGCACUGAGACUGCAGUUACAGAAGCUGUGCUUGAACCAACAGAAGUUUUGCCUUCUGAGGAGGUUGGGCCGGCCACACAGACAGAAGAAGCUGCAAUACCUCUGAACCCAACAUCAUCUUUGUUAUCAGAAGCAACUGCAUCAGUUACCUCUUGGUUUGGAGAUGCAUAUUCUGAAAUUGACGAAAAGGAGAAACUAGGUGAACAGGAUGAAGUGAAUGAAGGUUCUUCUGAGGUGACUAGAAACUCUGAUGGUGAGGAGGAGGAAGAAGUGGAUGAAUUUGAAAAUGAAAAUGGGUUUGGUAGUCCAAAAGCAGAUUCAGUUAUUGAUGGAGCUGAGAUUAUGAGUGAGGAGAAGGAAAGUGAAGGCUUCUUUUCUUCUUGGUUUAGUUCUUCAGAACCAUCUAAGGUAGAGGAAGUUCAUGAUGAAUCUGCUGAUGAUUCAGGCACUACAAAUUCUGACAAAGCAAUUCAUAGAGAGGUUGAAGUAGAAUUGGAAAUAGCUUCUGAUGGAAGUAGUGCUGAAGCACCAAAAGCAGAUCCUGUUGAUAAUGUUACACCCCCUGAAAC